AUGUCCAACGCCCAGUUCUACGGCCAGCAGCAGAUGCAGCAGUACCCUCCCCCCGGAGGCGACUACUACGCCAACCAACAGGGACCCCCCCCCAUGCACAACCAAUACGUCCCUCAACAGAUGGACUACAACCAGGGGCCUCCUCCCCAGCAACAGAACGACAAGGGCGAGGGCGGCGGUGCCGGUGCCGGUACAGCUGCCGCCUGCUACAUCGGCCAUGUCUCACUGGAAUCUGGUAGGGAUGGGUGA